UUCUUAAAUAGAUAGAUAGAAGAAAAGGCAUCAAAACCAGUGGUACAUAUUAUCUCAAGCACCAUGUGGAUCAGAGGGUUCUUUCAUUUUGUUCCUCCCACGCAUAUUUUUCACUAAAACCAUUAACAAACCAGUGACAGAAAAAAAAAUGGUUGGUGACUAAAUAGAAAAAAAAAAAAAAUAAGAGAACACAAUCAAAGCACUAAGAGUGGAAGAAUGCAAAUGGCAAUUUUGUUAAGGGGAGGAGCACUUGGAGAUUCUACCUUUCGUUUGUGUUCAUUACCAUCAACUUCUUCUUUGCAUGUCUCCCAGAAUGUUGCCAUACCCACCUCAUCAUCAUCACCAAUACUACCUUUGAUUGCAAGUAAAUUUAAAACAGCCAGCAGAAACAGAAUCACCUGCUCUGCUGUUCAAGAAUCAUCUCCUAGCACAGCAGCUACUACUACUGAAACAAAGGAGGAGGUAAAGGAAGCUACAGAAGCUCCAAAAGCUGCACCAGCAAAGAAACCUCCUGCUAAAGCUCCAGUUAAGCCUCUGCCCCAGAUGAUGGAAGAGGAUGUGAUCCCUGCACUCAAAGAAAUAUUUGAAGCCCAAGAAGAUUUCUCCAAUAUUGAGCUCAUUUUCAAGGACAAUAAGUUGGAAGGUUCAUUUUUGAAGAAAGGCAACCCCUAUACAUUUUGGGCAUUCUUUCCCACAGGAAAUGUCACUGGUCCAAAGGGGUUUUCUUUGUCAUCGUAUAACGCAGGAGCAAGCACUGUCGAGCCAUUUCUUAUUGAUGAAAAGAAGAUUACAGCAAAACACAUAAUCUUCUGGGUUGAAAAACGUUUGGCAGCACAGGGGAUCAUUCCAGUAUGGAAAGAUUAAUCUCUUAAAAAAUGAAAUUAUACUUUGGUUGCUAAUGAUGUACAAUACAAUUCAAUAUUCUCUGCGUUCCUUUCAUUAAUGACUAUGAUAUACAUAGUAAUUGUGUUGAUCAUUGUGUCAAUGUAAUAGAAAAUUUAGUUCAU